UACAAAAUUCAAAUAUGUGAUUUUUUUUUUAUAAAUUAAAUAAUGUCACAUCAGCCGUAUGCAAGGUGUGUAUUGAUGAUCUAUACUGACUUAUGAAUAGAGUUUUUGUUUGUGAUAUAUAUUUGUAAUUCUUUUUUUUUUUUUUUGAAUAAGCUUGUGAUAUUUGUAAUUCGUUGAACUAGCCAUACUUCUUGUAGUUUUGAUAAAAUGGUUUUAUUUAUCAGCUACUUUUCCAAACUAUAUAUGUAGUUAAUUAAUAAUAAAAAUUUAUAUAAUAAACAUUUACUGAUUAUGUUUUAUUAUUAUUAUUAAUUUAUUAUUUAUUUUUUUCUAAAGCAAUACUCUGAAUAUAUAUCAAUACGAAAACUAGAGCUACAAAUUUUAUAGAAUCCCUGUUCAAUAGUCUUGAGGCUUUAUAAUUUCAAAAAGACAGGACAAUUUCCACCCACCGACCUCCAAGGGACUACGUUAAAAUUAAUAUGCAUGCAUGCAGCAUAUUCCAGCUCAAAUAUGGCGGGAAAUUUGAAUUGCAUGAAUCCUUCUAACGUUCGGAUUAUUCUUGUCCUAGUAGCUUUAGGAGAUCUUCCCCGGCCUGCAUGCCUAUAUAAGUCCCGCUCCCCUCAAACGAACUGUUUUAAUUUUUCUCGGUUGUUUCUUUCUCAACGUGAUGGAGAGAUCGAGUCCUAAGUUUUCCUGCAGAUCUUGUUCCAACAUUGGAUUACUUUCUUCUCGAUUACUCCGUGGAGAUGAUCGUUUGGGUUUAUGCUGCAAACUCAAAACCCUAAGCGCCACAAUGGCUGUGAAGCCACAUGAUCAGGAUUCUCACCACAACUCGGAACACGUUCUUGAUCAUAUGAAGGAUGCAGUUUGCACGGAAUCGACAGUUUCUUGUGGGUUUCAAAGCAAAGCGGCUUCAAUGGAAUCAAAGCUCUCUUACGGGAUUGACCCGAAGGCCGUUUUAACAGAGUUAACGCUCUCUUGUGGCCCGGUUCAGAUCGAGGCCAAGAAACGCAAAGCACUCGAAGCUAGAAACUCUCUUCAUCGUGUCACCUUUGCCAGGAUCCACGAGCUACUAUUUACUGAGGACCCUGAUCACGAAGGAGUUUCGACAGAGAUGAAGCUGUUCAAGGAAUCAUGGAUUGAUCCCGAGAAGACCGAAACCCUGGAAAACACACGUGAAGAUCAAGGAAUCUCAAGAAGAUUGAAGCUGUUCAAUGAAUCAGCACUGAUUGAUUCCAAGAACUCCGAAACCGUGGAAAACAAGCAUGUAGGAGGAGUUUCAACGACGCUGAAGCUGUUUGAUGAAACAUGGAAUUAUACUGAUCCCAAGAAGAGCGAAACCGUACUGAAAAACACUUUUAUUAAUCCAAAGGAAGAUGGCCCAGUCUCUGACAAUUCCGGGGCUACAGUGAGUACGGCCUCCAAUUCCAUUAAUGCCGUAACUGCGAGGUCGAGAUCAGUACGCCUCGACAAAGAUCUACACGCAGAGACGACGCCAACUGCCAUGGAGGAUCCUUGGAAAAUAAAAAAGGCACUGACAGAGAGUGAUCUUGGUAAUUUGAGCCGGCUCUUGCUGAAAACAACUUGGGUAAGGCAUCAUGUUUUGCCAUUCUUGGAUACUGAUAUCAUUAGAGAAGUUGAAAGUGAUCAGGGCAAGCGCGUUAACGUUUGGGAUCAAGAUUCUCAGUCAGCACAUGAGUUGGUUCUCAAAAAGUGGAAAACCUGUAAGAGUUAUGUUUUGAUCAACAAGUGGCACAAAGAUUUUGUGAAUAGGAGGAAGUUGAAGAAAGGGGAUGUCAUUGGCCUUUACUGGGAUCCCUUUAAUUCGAUAUUCCAUUUUAGUGUUCUAAAAAGGGCUGAUCUGGUUGCUGAUCAUCAUCAUCAGCCUAAUCUUUUAACUGGAUGUUUGUUGGAUAAAAUAUAGAUCAUGCGUACUGAUCUAUUGAUGUUAAUGUACUAGGUGGAUAUAUGUGGAUUAUCAUAUGUUGUCAGCCAGCCAGCUUCUAUGUUUUCUCUUAAUUUGCUGCUCA